AUGAGACGUCUUUCAUUAUGCGAUUAUGAAUUGGUGGCUUUGAAAGCAAUUUUAACCAUUGAUCCUCAUGCUGGUAGAUUAAAACCACGAUCAGUGCAACUGAUGACCAUAGCCCGAGAAUCUGUUCAACAUGCUCUAUUUGCCUUUCUCAGUAAUCGUUUACAGCCUUCAGAAGCUGCAUCACGAUUUGGCAAUUUAUUAUUGUUGGUUGCAUCAUUUUCGAAACUUGGAGCUGCCACAGUUGGUGUAUUGCAAUUAGCACGUGAAUUUGGUAUAACAAUAGAUUCGGUUAUCGACGAUUUAUUGUUUCAAGAUGAUUGCUAUUAA